AUGGGAAGAAUUAGAGUCAUCUUUGUUUGCGUCUCAAUCAUCUUAUCAUCACAGCAGUCGUAUGCCCAAUGUCCAGAUACAGCUCUAGCUUCAUUAUUGAGACAAAUUUUGACGCCAUCGAAAGCACCAAUGGCGAUACAAGCUAUUAAAUCUGCCGCAGAGGAUACGGGCAGAACGAUGUUUGUCCCGGAAACAAUUAAGUCGAGACGGGUUAUUGUGCCAAGCCAGAAUAUGUUCGAACCAAUCGCUGUACCCAGAGAACGAGAAAUCGUCCCAUUAUCCAGUAUCGUACCGGCCAACGAUUGUCCCAUCAGAAUACUGGCAAACGAAAUAGCCCGUGCGCCAAUCGAAGUGCGCGUACAACCAAAUGAGUUUCCGUGUGAUUGUCAACGAGCUUUGACACGACCUCGAGUGGAAUGUCAAACUCAAUCAGUCAUACCUUUUGAGCAAUAUCCCGUUAACGAGUUCUACAGAAGCGCUCCGGUCGUGAAUUACAUGUCACCCCAAAUGUACCCCGAGAGGCAGCCAGCGGGGAACCCUUAUCUGCCCAUUGCUUCUCCAAUAUCAGCCCUUUCGACAACGUCAUCCAAUUUUCUACCGCCGCCGACACAGGCGCGGAGUCAUUUUCUAAGGAAAGUGCCCAUACCACCUCCUACUUUGUAG